UCAUUGUUUCGUUUUUCCUUGAACCGUCAAACCGACGGUUUUGGUUGAACCGUUGGUUCACUGUCAGUUCAAGAAAUCCCCGAAUUCCCGAUUCAUCUCCAUCUCCACUUCAGUCCUGGCACCAGCGAGUACCGCCACCAUGGCCGCUCCUGUCCCGCCGGCCGCCGGUUGAGACUAAGCUCGGGUGUAAGGGUGGGCCGCCACUCACCGGCAUCCCUCUCCUCCUCCUACUGCUGCCACUCGCCGGCGUCACUAUGCUCCUCCUGCUGCUGCCACUGAAUCCGGCCGCAGCUUGAUUCCGCGGGCACCCGCCACCAACGCCGGCCGCCGCUAGUACCGCGCCCAGCCGGCCACCUUCGCGGUCUUCCACCGGCCCGCUGUACGUGCUAUCAUUCGCAGUUCGCGGACUGACGCGGGCCAGCGAUUCUGCGUCAUCUUCCGGACCCGGCUGUCCCCGAAACGGCAAGAGGACAACUAAGAGAUCAUGCCAAAAUGACGUAGAGAGUUGGGAGAUUAGAAAAUGAGAUUGGUAUAUUUUGAUUGAUGUAUUUGCUGGCUUUUUUCUUGCAUUAAAGAACGGCAUUAGAGAAUGAGAGUUGGCCUUGGCCUGUUGCUAUGCUGGCUUUUUGCAUGUCUCCAUGUGUAUGCGCUGCAACUGCAAGCUGCAUUGGUUUCGCUAGCUGGAAUUGCAUGUUGCUUAUUCAUUGCUGUUGGCCUUGGCUUUUGGCUGUUGCUGGCUUGCUACAUGCCUACAUGUGCAUGUGCUGCUAUGCCAAAUAUCCAAGCCUGAUUUUUUCUGCAUACAAAAUUAUUUGUUUAUUGCUGCAUUCCAAGUAAACAUUUAUUACUAUGUAUCUUCAGAUAUCAGACAUUGAGCCAACCAGCGGUUCAACCGCUAAAAAUUGAGUCGAUAGCGUCACCGGUUCGAUCACCGGUCUAUUGUUUUCAGGGUAUGGUUUCCUGCUGUUGUAUACACUUGUUGGCAAUCACGAUGACACCAGUGUGCCGUGACAUACUAACGACUCUGGAUAAACAGCAAGUCUACGAACGCUAACAGUAGUCUCCGGUCAUCGUCGUCGUCCUUGGAGCAAGUGGGCCUGGGGCCACCACGUUACUGUCCUGCAUUUAUUCGGGAAGCUUCGCUUGUGUGUAGGCUGAAAAUGACCGGUUUCACAAGGAAGCAAAUCUUAACGUACUGCUAACUUCUAUUUUCAUUUCUCAAAAUUAUAAGUAUGUGGCCUACAAAGCUUGAGCGCUUUGAACUUGGGAUGAGCAGGUUGCUACAAAGUGAACCGGUGAACAAAAGAUAAUUAUGAACUUGCUAGCAGCUGACCUAUUCUUGAUAACCACAAAGAUUAUCAUAUUAAAAUGAUAGCGACUUUAUGUUUCAAAAGGGAGAAAAAGGAAAGUACAGAUUGCAACCUUUAUGACUUUUUUAGAUUCCUCCACUUACUAAUGUUUUUUCCAAAUUUCUAUAGGCAGGUCUAUACUCAUAAUUAUCUUUUUCUAUAGAUGCGGAUGCCGAGCAUGACUUUGUGGGACUAAUGAUUAGAGUUGGUGUUGUUUCUUCUUGCUAAUGGCAAUACAAGUGUGCAUAAAACAAAACAAAGAUGCUUCUAAUAAUUGUGAAUAGAUUGUUACAAAUUUAGAGGCGUAGCAUCACCUAACAUGAUAAAAGAAAUCACAUCAAGAUCACAUCGAGAUUGUUAGUGGAGUGCAGUCACUAUUAGGAAAAACACCUUUCAUAAUCCAUGUCACAAGGUCAGUUUGGAAAAACUAUCGGCUAAACUCACAAUUAGAGACGGCAUGACUAUUAAUCACCCAUGGUGUAAGUGCAAACUCUUGAGUAAAGUUGAUGUCACCUAAUUAGUCAUUAUACAGGAGGACUAGGAUCAGGGAUUAAAAUUUCAACAAUAUUUCACUAGGUUCUGAAUAUACUUCUCCCGAAUUUUUCGAACCAGUUUCAGACCAAACUGAAAUGAAAUUCAAAUUUGGUUAAAUUUAGUUUGAAUUUGAUAUAAUUUGGACGAUACAAUUCUAAAACAAGUUUUGAAAUGGAAAUCUCGAAGACUUGGGUGGGUCGUCUCGAAAAUCAACACCCUUACCAGGAUACGAAGUGUCUCUCUCCAAUAGAGUCCACAAUUCCACACACACAGCUUACCUAUUGUGAUGCUGCAGCAACUUUCGAGAAUACACUUGAAACCUACUCGUACAUACAUAUAUAUAUUGGAUAAAUUUGAACAUAAUAUGUCACAGUAUUCUUUUAGUAGAAUAAUAUCUUGUCAAUGUUAUCAUGAUGAGGUGCACUGUGUCCCGCGUGGUGCAUGCUCGUGGUGGAGCCACACACGAAGUUUCCGAUCCAUUGCGUGAACAUUUCUUGAAAGGCUAUAAGGAAGCAUCUUUUCUCGGUGGAGGAGUUAUAUAUACUGUCAUUACAACAGCACCUUCACCAGCCUUGGUACGCAUACUACCUGUUCCAUCUUUCUACUGAAAUCUCAUAUUCACGCAUAGUUCCUAGAGUGGCGACGAUCCUGCGGCUAGUUGCCGAUGGAGGCCGUGGUGGCGAGCGCUGUGACAGGAGCGAUGCGGACUCUCCUGCCCAAACUUGGCGCCUUGCUGGGAGAGAAGUACAAGCUUCCCAAAGGCGUGAAGAAGGAGAUCGCCUCCCUGUAUGCCGAGAUGAGCAGCAUGAAGGCUCUGCUCGUGGAGCUGGCCGAGAUGGACGGCGAGCUCGACGCGCAGCACAAGGCGUGGCGGGACGAGGUGCGCGACCUGUCCUACGACAUGGAGGACUGUGUCGACGCCAUCACCGAUGACCUUGAUAUCGCUGGUGCCAGGGCCUUGCCGCUGAGCAUGCUUAUGACACUGAUGGCGGCACACAAGGUAGCUGGCCAGAUCGAAGAACUCAAGUCCCGGGUGGUGGAAGCAGGCAAACGCCGCGAUCGAUAUAAGUUCGGUGAGCGAGCUGGUGCUUCUUGUCGGAGCCCCGUGGCUAUUGACCCUCGUCUGUGUGCAUUCUAUUCAGCGGCUGACAGGCUUGUGGGAAUAGAUGGCCCCAAGAACAAGUUCAUGGACCUGUUGAGAGCAGAGCAACAACGGGCGCUUAAAGUUGUGGCUGUUGUUGGAUUUGGAGGGAUGGGGAAGACAACUCUCGCUACCCAAGUCCAUGAUAAGGUUACAGGUCAAUUCGACUGCACGGCUUUAGUGUCGGUAUCUCAAAAUCCAAGCAUGAUUGAGAUCUUUUCAGAGAUACUCUCAAAAGUUGGGGGCUCGGUGCCUUCAUGCAUAAAUAAUGAGCGCCAACUCAUCUGCCUACUGAGAGCAGAACUCAAUGACAAAAGGUACCUUAUAGUCAUUGAUGAUUUGUGGACAAUAGAAGCAUGGGACACUAUCAAAUGUGCCUUUGUGGAGAAUUGUCUUGCUAGCAGAGUUAUAGCAACUACACGUAUCGAAGGUGUAGCUCAGGCAUGUUGUUCUGAUUUCGAUGGCCAUGUUUAUAAUAUCAAACCUCUUAGUGAUCUUGACUCAAGGAGAUUAUUUCAUAGAAGAAUUUUUCCUUCUCAAGAUGAUUGUCCUGAGAAACUGAAGGAUGUAUCUACUGAAAUUUUGAAGAAAUGUGAAGGAGUUCCAUUGGUCAUAUUCAGUGUAGCCAGCAUUUUGGCUAGUCAGAAAGAGGUAAAUUCAAAGGAAUUAUGGGAGAACAUAAAAAAUUACCUUGGUUUCCAAUUGGCGCAGAACCCUUUUGUACAUUUGAUGAGACAUGUGCUUAAUCUGGGGUACAUUAAUUUAUCUCUAGACCUUAGGACAUGUAUGCUAUACCUUGGUAUAUUUCCAGAGGAUUCUAAAAUAAUGAAGGCUGAGUUGGUGAAGAGAUGGGUAGCCGAGGGUUUCGUUACCGGAAAACAUGGUUACAGUCCAGAGGAGAUAGCAGAAGAUUUCUUCAACGAGUUGAUCAACAGAAACAUGAUCCAAAUAGCCGAGUUAGAUGACUGCGGGCACGUGUUAUCUUGUCGGGUGCAUGACAUAAUGCUUGGCUUUAUCAUGGUGAAGGCCACAGAAGAAAAUUUCAUCACUGUGAUUAAGGGAUCCCCUGCAGUUAGUGAUCCACCGUGCAUUAAAGGACAUUUGCAGACUCGCCGGUUGUCCCUCCAAGUCGGAAUGUCAGAAGGCAACAAGGACUUGCUGGGAAGCCUGGCUCUCACCAAAGCCAGAUCAUUCAGCUUCUGGGGGGCUGCUCAACGAAUGCCAUCCCUAAAGAGUUUCCAACAACUGCGAGUUCUGCACAUGGACACAUGUGGUUCCAGAAAUGAGCAGUAUGACAUGUCUCCCAUAUGCAGCUUUAACAACCUUAUAUAUCUGAGGAUCAGAGGCAUUGGCUGCAAGAAACUACUGAAGCAGCUCCGGAAAUUACGAAAUUUGAAGACUUUGGAGAUUGUUGGCGAUGACAUCAGAGAUUCCUUACAUCUGGAGGAGUUACCCUUGACGUUGUCGCAUCUGAUUGUUCCUCACACCAUGCAGCCGGUCGGCGAGAUCAGCAGGAUGCGUGCCCUCCGCACAUUGGGCGAACUCAGUAUAGAUCUCAAGGAUGUGAAGAACAUCAGAGGUCUCGGUGAUCUGGGUUACCUGAGGGAGCUGAAGCUAGUGCUAUGUAGAGGCGUCCCCGAAGAAGCUUGCAAUGAUCUUGCUCCCUCCCUCUGCAGACUCGGAAGGCUCCAGUCCCUAACAAUCCGUAUGUAUGGAUCACUGGAAACCGAUGACGUCCUGGCCUGCUGGUCACUCCCUUCACGCCAUCUUAGGAGGCUACACGUGCUGGGACUCCCUUUCUCCACUGUCCCUCAAGAUUUGGUCGGCCACCUCGACAACCUCAGAAGCUUGAAAAUUCAUGUUUUUUUUCUGCCGAGGGAUGGCGCUGAGGUUCUCGCGAGGCUUACCUUACUGGUGCACCUUACACUGCAUGUUAAGAAGGAUGUUCCUGAGGAGCGCGUUGUCUUCCGUGCUGCGUCUUUCCCAAAUCUCCAGGAUUUCGUGUUCAGGUAUGAAGACGUCUGCCUCGAAUUCGAGGCGGGGGCUAUGGACAAGCUCCAGAGCCUCACUGUGGAGUGCUACGAAGAAGCAGAGCGGCAUGCCGGCAAGUUACUUGAUGGCAUCGUGCGUCUGGGAAGCCUCGUGUCAUUCAAGGCGAUUUUUUACAAGGAGGAGAGGAAAGAUGACUACUACAUUUUCCACUCUGGACCAACAGGUAAUGCUAGUUUCCAGUCCUAUGCUCCCCCACAGCCUAAAUUCUGGGACCGAGGCAGUCUGGAGGCUGAGCUCAGGAAGGCAAUAAGCAAGCAUCCCGGGAGUCCUCAUGUUUGCAUUGAAUCCGUGUAAAUAUUGUACCAGUACUUUUUAAACAGAAGGCCACACGGCCCGGCUUUAUAAAUAAAGCCCUCCUGGCAACGGUACAUCAUAGUCAUACAA